UUUCAACAGCACUGUUUUGCUUGACCACAGCUUUUCAGACGACUAAUACAUAAUGCGAAGGAUGGCGGAAGAGGUUCAGCCACGAACUGAACAAAGUUCGUGGAUAGCAAACUGGCUCCCCUCCUGGUGCCCCACUUCUCCUACUCAGCUGAAAGAUGCAGAGGAAAAAAUGCUCAAAACUGUGAGGCGACCCUACUCCAGGCAGCACAUCCGCAUAUCCAACGGCAACUACCUGUGGACCAUAGCCUUUUCCACCCACCUGCAUCCGAACUCACCGUCUCUCCUGCCGCCUCGCUCCCAGCCCAGGACGCCCGUGGUUCUGCUCCACGGAUUCGGAGGCGGCGUCGGCCUCUGGGCCCAGAAUCUGGACGCGCUGUCCAGCUGCGGACCCGUCUACGCGCUGGACUUGCUGGGGUUCGGCAGGAGCAGCCGCCCCCAGUUCAACACAGACCCCGAGGGGGCCGAGGAGGAGUUCGUGUCGGCCUUGGAGGAGUGGAGGGAGAAGGUGGGCCUGGAAGAGAUGGUUCUGCUUGGACACAACCUCGGAGGAUACCUGUCUACGGCCUACACGCUCAAAUACCCAAACAGGGUGAGACAUCUGCUGCUGGUGGAACCGUGGGGGUUCCCGGCCCGCCCAGACAACCCGAACCACUACUCCAUCCCCGUGUGGAUCAGAGCCAUCGGGGCCGUCAUGAGCCCAUUCAACCCGCUGGCUGGUCUCAGGCUGGCCGGACCUCUGGGUCCGAUGCUGGUCCAGACUAUCCGGUCGGACUUCAAGCAGAAGUACUCCUCUGUGUUCGAUGACAACACGGUGUCCGACUACAUCUACCACCUCAAUGCCCAGACGCCGAGCGGCGAGACGGCCUUCAGGAACAUGACCAUUCCCUACGGGUGGGCGAAGAGGCCGAUGCUGGAGCGGAUCGAUGGGGUCAGAGCCGACAUUCCCAUCUCCUUCAUUUACGGAUCUCGGUCCAGCAUCGACAGCAACUCCGGAUAUGCGGUGAAGAAGACCAGGCCAGAUGCAGAAAUCGUCGUGAUCCGAGGCGCCGGCCAUUACGUGUUCGCUGAUCAACCGGAGGACUUCAAUCACACGGUCCUUCGGAUUCUCGCCUGGACAGAGCGGAAAGGCACAAACGACUAAACGAAGCGGUGAAACGCUGACAGAAGACUCCCCAGAUUGACCAAAGCUGAACCCAGUCCACUACUAGAUAUAUGACCUUCUUCAUCAUGCACUUUAUUUGUUCGAGAAAGAUCCUUGACAAACUGGAGGCUCUCAUCACUCCAAUUCUUCUAAAGCCGACUUCUCUGGGCAAAAAGUUCCAAGAUUUAUUUGAAAUAUUUCUUGUAAAUAAAUGUGAAAUCCAUUUGAUUUCUCUGUACUUGUC